ACGGAUGGAUGCAAAUAUCAUCGGAGGAAUGAAGCGCUGUUGGUGAUACCAAAGGUGUUUCUAUCACAAAAGCGAUAGCACGGCCCUUGUCCUCUCAGGUGUGCUUGGCUACGGGAGGGAAUGUGUGGGAACCUCCAUCGUUUAACAGGGACGGAGAUGCUAAUUUACUUUUACUUUUCAGUCGGCGAGAUACACAAAAUGCGAAUCGCAUCGCACAAUAAGCUACUCCCUAAUAAACUCCAACUGCAAACUGAUGGCACAACACCUCUGCAGGGACUGAUACUUGAACUCUAGAUGUUGGUAAAUUUUCCAAAAAUAAGUGGGUAGACGUAGAACACUAGCAUUAAAGUGAGUUAAGUGAAGGAGUUGAAUAAUCGUUGGCCAGCCAGGUGUGUCCGUCGUAUACUUAUUAACUGGUCAUCGUAAUAACAAUUUGGUUGUGAUUUUGUGACUGUAACUGCAAGUACCUUUGUGACUCAUCAUCACAACACCUGCCCCAGCUUUAAGAGAAAAUUGAUCCACCGAAUAUUCGCUAACCGGACAUUGCCCGCACCAAAUUAACAACAUUUUGAUUAAAGCAUAUAGUGAAGUUAUUCGAACCAAGUUUUCCUACGACAAACUUUUGGAUAAACACGGACAGAAAUCCAAGGUGACCAUCCUCCUCCUCCACUCGCAACUCCAACUAAUCUCAUCAUCAUGACGUGAAGUGAGAGAAAGUCAAUUAUUGACACAAGCAGCAAGGGAAAGUAAACAAGCACUCUGCAGAAACAAAGUCCAAAUCAUACCCUGGAGACGAAUACCAUCGAACCAAGGAGCAGGAUAAGUUGUUAAUUUGAAGUCUGCCUCCCACUACUUUGCGUCUAACGUAAGAAAAAAGUCUCGUCGUCGUCGUCAAGAUGCAGCGGAUGGACCGGUUGAGACGGUCAUUACGAGAAUCCUUUCGUCGCAAAAAGGAUGGUCCUGAGAGCAGCAAACCACACCAAUGGCAGGCCGACGAGGAGGCCGUUCGUGCUGGGAAUUGCACCUUCCACGUCAAAUACUUGGGUUGCGUCGAAGUGUUCGAGUCGAGGGGGAUGCAGGUCUGCGAGGAGGCAAUGAAAGUCCUCAGGGGCUCGAGGAGACGACCGGUGAAAGCAAACUUGUACGUCACAGGAGAUGGGCUUCGCGUCGUGGAAGAUGACACGAAGGGAUUAAUAGUCGAUCAAACGAUUGAGAAGGUUUCAUUCUGCGCCCCUGACCGAAACCACGAUCGUGGAUUUUCUUAUAUAUGCCGUGAUGGGACCACUCGGAGGUGGAUGUGCCAUGGGUUUCUUGCUACAAAGGACUCGGGAGAAAGGCUGAGUCACGGGGUCGGAUGUGCGUUUGCAGUUUGUUUGGAAAGGAAGCAGAAAAGGGAAAAGGAGUGCGGCGUGACGAUGACGUACGACUCUAAAACGUCCACUUUCACCCGAUCUGGGUCUUUCAGAGUCACAUCGAUGACCGACUCCUUGAGCUCCUCGUCCACCGAGAGUGCGAUGAAUGCAAAUAACACGGCGGCUAAUAAUGCGGCAACACGACCUCCGGUAGCUCCGACUCAUGCGAUAGAAAGGCCGCAUGCUCCUCCCAAAAUGUUGGAAAGGCAGGGUUCCUUCCGCGGAUUUUCGCAACUCUCGAACCACUCUCCCUUCAAAAGGCAAAUGUCCCUUCGAUUGAACGAACUGCCCUCCAAUCUCCAGCGGACUCAAAACAUUUUCGGAAAUAAUCAGUCCUCCAACAUUUCCUCAAACUCUAUACCCCCAGUGUCUGCAAGUCCUGCUCCACCUCCAAGGACGCAACGCAAUCGUUUGCAUUCGUUGCCCGUGGGCUCCUUAGCUGGAGGAACAAUUCCGGAAGUUUCGUCCAGUAAUACCUCCUCCGAACUGAAUUUAGGUCCUUCAAUGAAAAUCGAAAACAAGGAUUUGGUUUCCGAACUAUGUCAACAGGUCUCUCAGGGCUUAUCGCUACUUGCAGCAAAUCACGACGAGUCAACAAGAAAGGCCAAAGGACACAACUCAUCUACUUCUAACAAGUUCCCCACAAAGUUCACAAACCCCUGGGAUGAAGAAGUGGGUUCGAACAAUAAGAAUUCCACCCUGCCCAUCUUUAAUACUACAGCUUUAUCAACUGCCAACUCUACGAUUCCAACUUGUACGACGUUAAACUCACUGUCGUCGUCCACGUCUUCAACGACAACCAAAUCGGGAGUAGAUUCAUGGAUCAAUAAUUUGACGGCGAGCCAUGAACCCAAAGCACCUCUACAACCAAAAAUAACCCCGAUCAAAGAGAAUAUCCCAGUAAAAACUGCUCCACAAAUUUCCUCCGUUCUCAUAUCCAAACCUUCUGCCGCUUCUUCCGGAAAUAGAAACAUUUUUGAAGCAUCACAAUCGGCCAGUCCUUCCAAUAUCAAAAGUAGUAACCAAAUCUCUGACAACAACGCAAAAGUGAGCAAUAUAGGACCCGUAGCUAGUAAUAAUUUAGUAAACGCUAGGCCUAUGCAUCGGGGAGCUCCCUCCCGGUCACAAUCACUGGGCGCGGACCCCUUCGACGCAGACUGGGCAAAUGCGCAUGCUCGCACUGGACAAACUCCAACAAACCCGUUCGCGAGACAGCAGACAUUCCAAGUUUCAAUGUAAUACAUUUUAGGAGGAAACAUACAUAAUAGUAUUACCCUUAUUAUUACAUUAUCUGCGUUAUCUUAUUAUUAAUACCACGAGUUUAAUAUGGACUUUUAAUUCAACUAGCAGACUUGUUAGAGAUAUGAUGUGAACCUUUGUAAUCGCAAUAUUAAUAAUCAUAAGUAGGAAAUAUUUAAGUGACAACUAAUAAUAUUAGUGACAAAAAUAUCCAAAAUAUAAUAAGAUGAUCGAAUUAAGAUUGGCAGGUUUCCAGCCACAACAACAACAACAAGAACGCCGCCGCUAAUUACAUAUUGUGUUGGGCCUGAGUCUGAAAUUAUACAUAAAAAUGUAGUAUCAAACAUAGAACAAGGGUAUGACGCUUUCAAACUACUAACAAAUUGCAACUUAUGGCAGCUUUGUGUAUCGUCAGAGGUAGAUUAGAAUCAUGGAACUGUGUGGUAUCUUUUACUCUUGGUAUUAUUAUGAUUUGCAACGUGGACCAUUGAUUGAUGAACCAACCAGGAACGACUUUCUUCCUACUUGUAAUAUUCUUCCAACCCAGUAUUUUAAUAGAACCAACUUUUAUAGAACACAUAUCAAACAAUCUUUUAUGGAGUGUCUCUACUCUACUUUUACAAUACCCCGUUUUGUUAAAUACUUUCGACGUAGUUUGGAACACUAUCAUUAUUUCAUUUUUAUGUAUAUAGAGACAAAUACUCGAGACGGUAGACUCUUGAAGAACUGGCGUUGGUGGCAUUUGCUGACUUCAACUAACAAACAAAACUAAAUGAAACUACUAUGUGUGACUAUAUGACCGAUAUAUUGUUCCCCAAUUAUUGACUGUAUACUUGAAACAAAAAAAUUGUCUACGAAUUCAAUAUUCACGAAAAAACUUUGUAACCGGUACAAAACAAACUCCAUUAGCCACGUAAGGAAGCUAAAUAGGAGCCUAAACGCAGACCUUUAUUUACCGUUCAUAAUCUAAUAUAUUUACUUGCAUUAUGUAAAACUCAACAUCACACUCUAUCGAGAAAUUUUAUCAUUCCAGUGAACAAUUUCACCCUAAGUUAACAUUUAAUUUAAAUUCAUGUUAUGUUUGUUUUAAAAAGUGGGUGUGCGGUUAACGUUGUAAGCACUCCUCACUCUUGACUUUUUCUAAAAAUAAAAAAAGUGUUGAACAAACACGUCCGUAAAAUA